AUUAGAUAGACAUUUGUCUGCUAACCAAUCUGAAAAACAAUAGAAAUCUUAGAAAAAGAUAGUAACUGCAUAUUAAGGUAUUAAUCUUUAGAAUGAUUCGAAAUCAAGUUCUAAGACUCGUCAGAAGUCAAUGUUAUACUAAUAAGUCUGUUAAUCUUAUUGGAAAAAAUGUACAUACAUCGACAACUGUAUUUCAUGCUGAAAAAAAUGAUGAAAUAAACAAUUUGGUUGUUGAAUCUUACUUAAAACAAUUAGAACCAAGCAGUUCAGGAUUAAAAAAACCAGUCAUGUUUGAUACGCAAGUAUUUACAAAGCUCCUUGUUCUUGGGGGAUUCACCGAGAAACAAUCAGAAGUACUAUGCAGAAGCCUUGUAGAUGUUUUAUCAACAAAUACAGAACACUCACGGAAAAACGUCGUAACUAAAUCACAACUGGAGCUAACAACGGAGCAAUUUAUGUCCAGGAUGAAUGCUCUACAAAAGGAUAUGAUAAUAUUGGAAAAGAGUGAAUUCGGUGCUCUUAGACACGAAAAUGAAAAGCAAAAGUUGGAAAUAGUAGAAUUAAGGAAGCAAGUUGAUGAAAAAAUUGAUAAAAUCAAAGCAAACAUACUUUUAGAUAUUAAUUUAGAGAGAGCUAGAGCAACUGAAGCUCAUAAUAAGAAUGAAAGAAGUGUUCACGCUUUAGAUAAUAAAAUCGAUAGAGAAGUCGCCCAAUUAAUGGCAACGUACGAAAGAUAUAGAAACGAUGUCUUCAAAUAUGUUGGUGGUGCAAUAAUGACUUGUCUAGGUAUUGUCCUAGGUUUCUAUAGACUUUGGAAAUAG